AAAGAAUACAGUAAUUGCGAAACUCUUUAUUCGUUUAAUAAUAAAAACUAGACGCAAAUACACUACUAUGCAAUUAUUAUUAUGUAUUUUUUAAACAAACAAGUCUUUAAUCGCGUUGUUUAAUAAUUAUUGCUGUUUUCGCUAUUACCGUAUUUCGUACGAGUUGGGUGCAUCAAAAUUUUAAACUUCUAACCUCAGAAUUGUGGUUCGUUUUAAGUGGAAAUAACACAGAUGUGGGUGAAGCAAAAUGAGUGGCAUUGUUGCCGUUCAUUGUGGUGCCGGUACACACAACAGUUCCCAUUUUGUAAAAUACAACAAAUUAUCAAAAAAAGCUUGCAGAAAAGGCAUUGAAGUGUUGCGAAGUGGAGGAACAGCAUUGGAGGCUGUGAAAGUGAUAAUUGCAGUGUUAGAAGACGACCCUUUAACAAACUGUGGUUUCGGCUCUAACCUCACUAAUGAAGGAACAGUUGAGACUGAUGCGUCAAUUAUGGACGGGAGAACCCUGAUUUAUGGGGGCUGUGGAGCGUUGAAAAAUGUCAAAAACCCUAUAGAGUUAGCAUACGACAUCUGUGUCAAGCAACUCGAGCCUUUGCCGUUUGGGUUAAUUCCACCGUCGUUUCUUGUUGGCAAGGGGGCUGUCCAACAUGCCAAGAGUGCCGGUUUAAGAAUAGUCAAUCAGAAGUCGUUAGUUAGUGCAAAGGCUUUGAAACAGUAUCAGAAGUUUCAGAAAUUGGUGGACACAAGGAACAGUGAGCUAUUGGAUACUGUGGGGGCUGUGUGUGUUGACAAUAAUGGACAUGUAGCGGCCGGUUGCAGUUCAGGGGGUAUACUUUUAAAGCGCCCUGGUCGAGUUGGCCAAGCUGCUGUUUAUGCAAGUGGAGUUUGGGCCGAUAGUUUUAGUCGAGACACAGAAAAUUCGGUGGCUGUUUGUACUUCAGGAUGUGGAGAACAUCUCAUGCGAACUCAGUUGGCUAAGGAAAUUGCUGAGGAGGUCAAAAGUAGUGCGUGUCCUACUGUAGGACUCAGUCAGGCCAUAACUGAUAAGUUUUUGAAUUCAAGAUUUUUGAGAAAUGUUUCUGCAAAACUCUGUGGGGCUUUAGUGUUGCAUAUAGACAAUAAAACCGGUGAUUCUGCCGUUCUUUGGGCACACACCACCGAAUCAAUGAGUAUUGGGUUUAUGAAGUGCGGUGAUGAGAAUCCAAAGGCCUUAAUAUCUGAAUUACCUGCGGGUGUCUCAGUGGGGACCAAAGUAAAUGUCAGCGGUAUAUACAACUACUGUGAUAGUAAGGAAAAAGUCUGAAUAAGAGACUGAAUACUUUUUAUUUUUUUACUUAACACUUAACUAUUUUUUAUUUGCUGUGUCUAAAAUACUUUUAAAGUCAGUACUGAAGCUUUCACUCGAGUUUGUCUUUGGCAUGGCGGCAUUUUCAACACCUCGUGACGUUCCAGGGGCUCUAAAAAUUUCAUCUCCACUCUCGUCGUCGUCAUCUUCAGAAGGCACUGAAAAAUUAAAUGAUUUGUUGACACUCUUUUUAAAGUAUAAUUACCUAAAUAGGCGGGAUGCCUAAA